AGUCGACUAAACCGGAUGGUCAAUACUUCAAUAUCAUCCGGUUUGGUUUGAUUGAACAUGCGCUUCUGUUUUGCCGACACGCAAACUUGGAUUCGGCAAGCAGACUGUGUGAGUAAUUUUGCAUUGUCUUUGUAAUGUAUUUUCUGAUUCUCCAUGGAAAAGGGGUUGGUCCAGUUGCAGAAAUGGCAUAAUUUGAGGGUUUCAGUGAAUCGUUUUCGAAAAGGAUCUUCUUUUUCAAAUUACUUCUCCUCCUCUGCUAUUGCUAGCGAUGUGAGUUCACGAGAUGGUCGAAAAGGAAAGAACUUUACAGUCUCUUACCUUGUUGAUUCACUUGGUUUAGCUAAAAAGCUCGCUGAAUCGAUUUCUAGGAAAGUCAGUUUCGAGAACAAGGGAUUCUGUUCUGAGUCUUUUGAGAAGCUAUGGGUUCACAGAUUCUCAGAUCUCCAGCAUCGUUACGGGUUAUCCAACAGUGCUUGUACUAGAUGCUGAGAAGUCACUUGGUCCCAAGCUUCAGUUUUUGCAGUCCAGAGGAGGAGGUUCAAGCUCUGAGCUCACUCAGAUUGUUUCUUCAGUUCCUAAAAUCUUGGCAGUGAAAGAAGAAAAAGCUAUCAGUAUAUACUAGUUCGUCAACAACAUCUCUUUCUUUGCUCAAGGGUAGUAAGCAGGAGAAUAAGACCAGAAAUUUAUCGGUUUUGAGAGAUUUGGGCAUGCCUCACAAGUUGUUAUUCUCAGUGCUCAUCUCUGAUUAUGGACUUGUCUGUGGAAAAGAAAGAUUUGAAGAGUCCCUCAAGAAAGUUGUUGACAUUGGUUUUAAACCGACCACCUCAAAGUUCAUCGAUGCUCUCUGGGCAUUAUUAAAGGAUUCAGUGACCAAAGGAUAAAAGAAAAAGUAAAUGACUAUAAAAAAGGUUAGGCCUUUCUAUGGGAGAUGUAUGGGUAAUAUUCAUGAAGUUUCCAAUGUUUCUUGGAUUCUCGGAGAAGAAGAUAGGGAACUCCAUUGAUACAUUUCUAGACCUAGGAUUCACCACAGAUGAGUUUACGUUGAUGGUCAAGCUUUUUCCUUCGUGCAUUGGAUGUUCUGCAGAGUCGGUGAAGAACAAGACUGAGUUUCUGGUGAAGAAUAUGAAAUGGCCACUAAAGGUUGUGGUUUCAUACCCACAUGUACUUGGAUUAAGCAUGGUGAAGAGGAUUGUACCAAGGUGUAAUGUAAUCAAAGCUCUUAUGUCCAAAGGAUUUAUCAGAACUGAACUGCCUGCAAUGUCUUCAGUGUUGAUGACUACUGAUCAAGCUUUCUUAAACAAGUAUGUGAUGAAACAUAAUUACAAGCAGCUCGUGCCUGCGUUAAUGGCUAUCUUCACCAGAAAUCGAGUUUCACUCAAUGACCACCUACAAGUAGAACAAUGAGCAACGUUAGAGAUUGUUGUUCUUUGUGUUAGUUUUUGAUUUAUCAGUGAAGCAGAGGAAAAGCUUCUGCUUUUUGAGUACCUGAAACCAUUUAGGCUUUCACUAUCUCAAUCUUACCCGGAUCCAACAUGUUUCCUUCUGUAUGCAAUAAAGUCAGAAAUUUAUCUGUUCUGUGAGAACCGGGCGUGCCUCAGUGGUUCUUACUCCCCUUGCUCAUCUGUAGUAGCAGCACUGUCUGUGGUUUAUUUAUUUUAGAAUUGUAAGUUUUGAAUUCCUUCUCCGAUAACUCUCAGGUUAGUAGUCUAGAAACAACAAUGCAGCCAUAGCCGAUGGGGACAUGUGAAUCCAAAUGAUAUAUAUAUAUAUAUAUAUAUAUAUAUAUAUAUGCUAAUUUUGUUCUUCGAAAUCAUUUAUUUUCUGAAUUUUAAGUGACCUUGUUCAUCUGGGAGGUAUGUGUGAAUAUUUGUACUGUUUCUUAUAUUCUGUUUGAUGAACCUAUCGUCCUUUCUUGAUAUAUCUUGAGUGUAAUUUCUGUAAUCACAUAUCAUGUUUCGCCAGUGUGUUUCUUUUUGUUAGCAAUGCUUUUGAAUAUGCAUUUAUUCACUGAAUUUUGCUGAUGGACCUAGCGGCUCUCGACGACUGAUCAUAGUAUGACGUUUCGAGGAGUUUUUGCUGGUCAUAAGAAGACACUCUCGUGUGUUUAAAAGGCUAGUGCAUACACUCGGAGUUUAUUUCUCAGUCCUCCUGCAACACAACUUGAGUAAAAUUUGUUUCUGAUGCUCUGUUCAGUCGUUUCAGUCACUAUAUGAAUCAUCAGAAAAUGGAAGCCACAAAAGGCAGCUCGUAUGUGAACACCUCAGUCAAGGUUCCACUGGAUGCUAGCUUGAGGCCUGAUGGACUUUGUGUUUUCUGAGAGAGUGACAAAUAUGUCUCUGGAUCCGAACCGAUUCUUUCUAUAUGUAAUCCAACUCUGAAAAAUAACUUGAAACUCUAACUUUUCCUUUGGUUGAUAUUAUGAUAUAGCAAAAGAGCUUUUGAAUACAUGUUUGGGGUUACAGUCUAUAAUUCAUGCUUGUAUCUUGAUCGAUUUAGAUUUGGCUCUUUCUUCAUGUACACAGAAGAUGAAUCAUUCAUUAGGUUCAAAUUAUCCUCUUUUGGGUCAUAAUCUAAAGAAACUAUAGUCGAAAAAGGUAGACACUUUUUGUGUGUACUUCAUAUUUUUCGAUAUUAAGCUUAAGUAUACAAUACCAAAGAGAACGUCUCAGCAGUUAGCAUCUCUAUCAAAGGAUUCUUUCUUUUUAAGUUUGAAGUUUGAAGCAACAAGAGCUCAUAAACCCUAAAUUUCGUCUUUUUAAAAAUCAAUUGGCGUAAGUUUCGCUGUGUGUUAGCCUUUGCCAUGUAUUCUCUGAUACUCCAUGGAAGAAGGUUGGUCGAGUUGCAGAAAUGGCGUCAAUUGAGAGUUACAGUGCAAAAGUCAUUUGCUUUUUUCUCAUCCGCUAGUGCUGGAGAUUUGGGUCCUAGAGUAGGUCGUAAAGGUGAGAACUUUACAGUCUCUUACCUCGUUGAUUCAUUGGGUUUCAGUACAAAGCUCGCAGAAUCGAUUUCGAAAAACGUCAGCUUCGAGGACAAGUCAAAUCCUGAUUCUGUUCUGAACCUUCUUAGGGUUUAUGGGUUCACAGAAUCUCAGAUCUCCAGCAUCAUUACGGACUAUCCACGAUUGUUUAUGGCAGAUGCUGAGAAGUCACUUGCUCCAAAGCUUCGAUUUUUGCAGUCCAGAGGAGCUUCGAGCUCUGAGCUCACUGAGAUUGUUUCUACAGUUCCUAAAAUCUUGGGAAAGAAAGGGGACAAAACUAUCAGUAGAUACUAUGAUUUCGUCAAAGUCAUUAUAGACGCGGAUAAGAGUUCCAAGAUAUGUCAUUCUUUGCCGGAGGGUAGUAAGCAGGAGAAUAAAAUCAGAAAUCUUUUGGUUUUGAGAGAAUUGGGUGUGUCUCAGAGGUUGCUAUUCUCAUUGCUUACAUCCAAUGCGAAAUAUGUCUGUGGAAAAGAAAGAUUUGAAGAAUCUUUCAAGAAGGUCGUGGAGAUGGGUUUUGAUCCAAGUACCUCAAAGUUUUUGGUAGCUCUGCGUGUUGUUUUCGGUUUGAGAGAGGUAACCAUAGAAGAAAAAGUCAGUGCUUAUGAAAAGUUAGGUGUGGCCGUGAGCGAUGUAUGGGAAAUGUUCAAGAAGUGGCCAAGCUUUCUGGGAUACUCAGAGAAGAAGAUAGUUCAGACGUUUGAAACCCUCAAGAAGUGUGGACUACUCGAAGAAGAGAUCCCCUCAGUGUUCAAGAAGUGUCCGCAAUGCAUUGGUGCUUCAGAGAAGAAGAUAUUGAACUCUAUUGAAACAUUUCUAGGCCUAGGAUUCAGCAGAGAUGAGUUUGCGAAGAUAGCCAAGAUCCAUCCUAAGUGCAUUGGAUAUUCAGCAGAGACGGUGAAGACAAAGACUGAAUUUCUGGUGAAUAAGAUGAAUUGGCCACUAAGAGAGAUGGCUUUGUUCCCUACAGUACUUGGAUACAGCAUGAAGAAGAGGAUUGUCCCGAGGUGUAACGUAAUCAAAGCUCUCAUGUCAAAAGGAUUGCUAAGAAGCCAACUCCCUCCAUUGUCGUCUGUCUUGGCAUGCACCGAUGAGGCCUUCUUAAACAGGUAUGUGAGGAACCAUGAUGACAAGGAGCUGGUGCCUGAGUUGAUGGCCAUCUUCGCUAGAGGUCGUGUUUCAUAGAUGAAAAGGCUUGUCAAGGAUUGUGCUCUUGUUUUUGAGUAUCUAAAACCUUGAUUUUAGACUUCAAAAGCAAGCCAACUAGGAAAAGUAACUUUAAAUGUAAUUUUGAAUUGGUAGCCUAGAAACAGCAAUGCAGCCAAAUAGCUGACAUGGGAAUCCAAUUCUUGAAGUUUAAACCCAA